GCAGGGGUGAUUUGGAGAAGGCUUAUGAUUGGUCACGAUGUUGGGACUGAAAGAGCCCCAAAUUUUUAGCAGUCUAUCAAUUGGAUCCUUAUGGCCUGGGAAGCAAUCAACCAACAAGACGUGCACCCCUAAUUACCUCAAGGGGAACAAUUGGGAUGGCUGCAGGAGCUCAAUCGCUGCGCCUUUGUCUUCGGAGCUAUAGGCAAGCUCCAGCUUUCCGGGCUCUCAGGCCAAACACCCCCCAGCUUCGACGAGCAUUAUCCACCACGACGAUAGCGCGACGGAGGGAAGCCAACGACAAGGAUGCCGUCGACCUCGGAUUCGAUCGAGUAUACGACAACCCUGGCGAUGUCGUCGACGAUCUCUUACGUACCGAGUUGUUGCCCGCAAAAGACAGAAACCAGCUAGCCAAGGCGCAAAGCGUGUGGAGCGAACUCCCACACGAGCAGAAGCAGGCCCUGCAGAAAGAUGUCCAGGAAGUUCGGCAGGCAAUGGGUCCGCUUAGGAGGAUUCGGAAGGCAAAACGAUCUUCAUUCUGGGGCGAGGAGGAGACUGACUCGGACCUUAUCACGGACGAGUUGGGCGAGGACGAUUUCGAGGAAGAUGACAUCCUGAGUAUGGGCCACGGGAAGCUCGAGGAGCAUCGGGAGCUCAGAGAAUAUGCACGCAUAGCCAUAUGGGAGAUGCCUCUGCUGUCGAAGCACGCCAAGCCAUUCCAGCCCCCGGUACAGGGAGAGGUACUGCGCUUCCGAUACACGUCGUACAUGGGUGAAUUCCAUCCGGCCGAGAAGAAAGUCGUCGUCGAGUUCUGUCCGAGGGACUUGGACCUUAGCGAGGUGCAGCAAUCGAAGCUCGCGAAGCUUGCUGGUCCCCGAUACAACCCAGAAACGGAUAUCAUCCGCAUGGGCUGCGAGAUGUUUGAGCAUCAGGCACAAAAUAAGCGAUAUCUAGGCGACCUGGUGGAGAAGAUGGUCGCCGAGGCGAAGGAUCCCACCGACACGUUUGAGGAUAUCCCGUUGGAUACACGGCACCACACCUUCAAGACGAAGCCCAAGUUUCCGAAAGAAUGGCGGUUGACCCCGGAGCGACGGGCAGAAUUGGAAGCCCUCCGGCAGCAGUCCUUCCUCCUGGAUGAGUCGAAGAAGAAUGAAGGAGCUCUGGUUGAUGGCUCGCAGAGAAUCCAGCAUGCCCUGGCUCCUCCUCCCGCAUCGGACAUCCAAGGCAAGGUCGCUGAACUGUUGACGGUGCCUGCACAACAGAAGGCAUCAGGCCCGAAGGCGAAGCGGCGAUAAGUAAGAAGAUGGGAUUUCUACCACCUGUCCCGUGGCAAACAGGCGCAUCCCGUUGCCAGCAUGAGGGGAUUGGAAGCGGAGAAGCCGCAGGGUUAAUGCCCGUGUAUAUCACAACCCCAACUUGUAAAGUCAUGUUGUAUACUUGGAAAUAAGAAGAUAGAAUUUCGAGUCGAAUCUUGUG